ACAUAUUCAUAUUCAUGAACAUAGACUCAAGAACACAUACACACUUCAACUACCGUCCGCCACUACCACCGUGUCCUUCACCUCCUUUUUCUGUAAAUUGAUUUUUUUGUAACCUCCACCAUCUCCUUCUUCUCCACACACACAAAAUCAAAUCUGAUGAAUGAUUUUAAGAUGAACACCUUGAAGAAGAAAAAAUCAGAUCCAGUGCGUGGGUCUCCAAUCUCCUCCUGAGAUGACGAGCUCCUCCUGUUAAAGCAAGCCCUAACGUCGUCGCCUGGUAGGUCUUCUCUUUUAGCAGAGAUGAGCUCAAGGAGAUGAUGACUUUCAGAUCUGAGAACCUCGUUUUCAGAUCCGAGUAUCUCGUUUGCAGAUUUGGUAGUGGUGACGAGCUUAAGGCUCUUUCUUCUCCGGUGGUGGUGACAACGACGAUGAUGGAACUGAAGAUCUGGUUCGUCUUCUCCGGUAUUUUUAUGAAGAUGGUGGUGAUCGGUUCUCAAUCAAACUACCAUUUCUACUUCUCUCCCAGUUCUAUCUAUAAGAAAAUGUAGAUAGAAUGGUGCACCGAUUCAAUUUUCUUAAUUUCCUAGAACUGAGAGAGAAAGGGGGUAGGGGAGACCGAGAUCAAGAUCAAAGGUUCAGUAAGCUUGAUAAUCGGUAUCUUUGCCUGAUUAUCUUCACAUCAAACUCACUCACACACACAUACUUGAGUCACAGAUUUUGGGUGUACCCUAUAAGUUUGAGAUAUUUGGUUUUAAUUUUUGAUGCAUAAUCGAUUUGCCUGGUGGGUUCAUCCCAAUGACAUGAUUUUGAAGUGUGUGAGUUAAUCUAUGUUGUAUGAAUCGAGUGUUUGAGAAGUGAGAAAUCAAAUUUAUGAUGCUAGGAACGAUUAUUUUCAAAAAUGAAAUCAGAUGCUUAUUGUUGAUGGACAUGAUUCUAGAUAUCUUUUUGGUUUUAGUUUGAUUCUUUCUUGAAGACUGAAAAGAUAAAAAGGGGUGAAUAUUUCUUAUUUGAUUUUUAAUUUCUUGUUUUGAGAGAGAGAGAGAGAGAGAGAGAGAGAGAGAGAGAGAGAGAGAGAGAGAGAGAGAGAGAGAGAGAGAGAGAGAGAGAGAGAGAGAGAGAGAGAGAGAGAGAGAGAGAGAGAGCCCUUUUAUUUUUUAAUUAUUAAAAUGAAUAAAUAAUUAUUAAAACUUUGAAAAAAAUGAAUUUAGAAAUAGAAAAUAAAUGCCCAAGUGUAUUAAGUCAUUUCAGUUUAUCGAUGGACCAAAUCCACAACCAAACUAGCUCAAAAGAACAACAAAGCCAAAAAAAACGGAGUUUGGACUAAAACCCAAAAAAAAAUGCAUACCAAAGGGAACAUUUUUGCAAUUCUGUCUAAAAUUUCCUUCAAAUUUCAUUGAAGUUGUUGGUUAACGGCGGUCAAACUGAGAGUAGGACAUACGAAAGUAAACGUGUAGAAGUCAACGCUGAGCCUUUCAAGUCAAUAACUUAUAUGUGUAAGUUCUAAUAUUCAAACUUCAGACUUAUCGUACACGUUUACCACUAACCAUCUUCAAGAGCACGUCAUUAGUUAAUGGAGCUAUAUCACACUGUCCUUGUAUUGCUAUACUGUAAUGUGUUCUUUUUCUUGUCAUGUUCUGCUGCACUAGACAGUACUGUAUCUGCAAAUCAACAAAUCAAAGAUGGAAACACAAUUGUUUCGUAUGGCGAGACGUAUGAACUGGGGUUUUUUAGCCCCAGAAAGUCAAAGAAUCGAUAUUUGGGGAUAUGGUACAAGAAGAUAUCACCUUGUACAGUUGUCUGGGUUGCUAACAGGCACACACCAAUCACCGAUGCGUCUGGGGUGUUUGAAGUCACUACAGAUGGAAUCCUGCUGAUUCACAGUGGUGGUGGUACUGGUAAUAGAUCAGUGAUUUGGUCAUCAAAUUUUACAGUAUUAUCUGUUAAUCCGAUGGCACAGCUUCUAGACACUGGAAAUCUUGUGGUGUGGGAUGAAAGUAGCACUAAAGAAAGUCCACUGUGGCAGAGUUUUGACUAUCCUGGUGACACUUUGCUACCAGGAAUGAAAUUUGGGAAAGAUUUGAUAACAGGAAGAGAGAGGUUCUUAACAUCUUGGAAGAGCCCUAAUGAUCCUUCUAGAGGUUUGUAUAAAUUUUGGGUAGACACAAAUGGAUAUCCACAGAUUUUUUUGGGAGAAGGUGGACGUGAGACCUUGAGGCUUGGACCAUGGAAUGGUGUUGGCUUUCAAGGCGUUCCUGUGGAUAACAUGAAUCCAAUUUACUCCACAGAAUUUGUUGUGAAUCAGAAGGAAAUAUAUUAUAGAUAUAAACUGAAGAGCACAACUAUUCAGAGGCUUCUUUUGGUGUGGGACGGCAUGGGACGUAGGUUGCAGUGGAUCAAGCGAACCCAAGAAUGGGUCGAGUAUGCAAAUAUAGUGGUUGAUGCUUGUAGUCGUUAUGGACCAUGUGGUCCUUUUGGAAGCUGCAGGAUGAAAAGUUCUCUUCCUUGCAGUUGUUUGGAAGGUUUUGAACCAAAAGUCCCUGAAGAAUGGAAAGCAGGGGAUUGGUCGAGUGGGUGCCAACGUAGAAAGCCAUUGGAUUUUAGGACUCCGGAUUUCUUCCACAAAAUUUCAGGAGUGGUUUUCCCAGAUACACGUCGUUCAUCGUACAACAAGAGCAUGUCUCUUGGAGAAUGUGAGAUGGCCUGCAGAAGGGAUUGCUCUUGUACUGCUUAUGCUAAUUUAGAUAUCAGAAACGGGGGAAGUGGAUGUUUGCUGUGGUUUAAUGAGCUAAUGGACAUCAGAGAGUAUGAUGAUGAUCAACAACUUUAUAUAAGAAUGUCAACCUUUCAGUUAACAGCAGAAAGCCAAUUCAGCUUCAACAAGAAGAAGGGAGUACUCGCGGUGGUGCUCUCUGUUUCGAUAGCUGCACUACUUUUGUUUGCUGUAGCAUAUGCAUGUAGAAAGAAAGUGAAGAGGCUUAAUAAAAAGGGACGAGGAAGCAGGGCACCUACUCUUGAUAAAGAUCAUACGAGUGUUCAGAUGGAAAACUUUGAUGAGCUACCUUUUUUUAGCCUGCAUAAAAUAGUCGAGGCUACCAAUAACUUUAACAUUAAUAAUAAGAUCGGAGAAGGUGGUUUUGGUCCCGUUUACAAGGGUGUGCUAGAAAACGAGCAAGUAAUCGCUGUAAAGCGUCUCUCAGAAACAUCUCAACAAGGACUUGAUGAGUUCCAAAAUGAAGUCAUUUGUAUUGCCAAACUUCAGCAUCGGAAUCUUGUGAAGCUCCUUGGAUACUGCAUUCAUGGAAAUGAAAGGAUUCUAAUUUAUGAAUACAUGGAUAACAAAAGCUUGGACUCAUUUUUAUUUGAUGAAACCAACGGUUCAAUGCUUGAUUGGCCUCAACGCUUUCGCAUUAUCCAUGGUAUAGCUCGAGGUAUUCUUUAUCUACAUCAAGAUUCCCGCCUUCAAAUAAUCCAUAGAGAUCUGAAGGCAGGUAAUAUCUUGUUGGAUAGUGAGAUGAAUCCAAAAAUAUCAGACUUUGGCCUUGCUCGAAAGUUUGUAGGACAGGAUGCCAUGGCUAAGACAAAGAAGGUGGUUGGAACACAUGGUUACAUUUCUCCUGAGUAUGCAGUACAUGGACGUUUCUCUAUAAAGUCAGAUGUAUUUAGCUUUGGUGUUGUUGUGCUGGAGAUUGUGAGUGGGAAGAAAAACAGAGGGUUCUCUCAUGAGGCUCACAGUGAUAACCUUCUUGGACAUGCGUGGAGACUAUAUAAAGAAGACAAGUCCAUUGAACUCUUGAGUGCAUCUGUACGCAACUCUUCUGUGGUAUCUGAAGUACUACGAUCAAUACAUGUUGGAUUAUUGUGUGUGCAACAUCAUGCAGAAGAUAGACCAACUAUGUUGUCAGUAGUUCUGAUGCUGAUUAGUGAGGGGGUGUUGCCUCCACCCAAACAACCAGCUUUUUUCAUCGACGAAAGUUACCGUGAAGUUGAUACUGUUUCAUCCCAUGAGGAAUACACGAUUACACUUUUGCAUGCUAGAUAGAAACUCGUUUGUUCAACUUUGUAAAAACAUAAUUUCCAAAAUAUAGUGAUAACAUAGGAUCCGUGGAAGUUAAAACA